AUGAACUGCACAGGGCUGGAAGUGCGUCUCACGGAAAUCUUGGGUUGCAGAUCUGACGGAAACACGUGCUAUUCGGUCUCAUCUGCGGCAACGAUGCUUUUCCACGGUCUGCCUGGAGGCGAGAUGCAUGGUGUCAUGGAAGAAAUGGAGCGGAGAGGAAAGAGCGAUUCGGCGACUAUCAGCUCGGCCAUAGAUAUGGGGGAAACCGAGACGAACAUGCCUUCGAUCAGCGGGGACCGGGUGGCUCUGUGCGCGGGCUGCGGAGGGAAGAUCUCGGACCGAUAUUACCUGCUCGCCGUGGACAAGCAGUGGCACAUGCGCUGUCUGAAGUGCUGCGAGUGUAAACUCAACCUGGAGUCUGAACUCACCUGCUUCAGUAAAGACGGAAGCAUCUACUGCAAAGAAGACUAUUACAGAAGGUUUUCGGUGCAGAGAUGUGCCCGGUGCCACCUCGGGAUCUCGGCCUCGGAAAUGGUCAUGAGGGCCAGGGAUUUGGUGUACCACUUGAACUGUUUCACCUGCACGACUUGCAACAAAAUGCUGACGACUGGGGACCACUUCGGCAUGAAAGACAGUCUGGUGUACUGCAGGCUACACUUUGAAACGCUCAUCCAGGGAGACUUCCCCACGCAUUUCAAUCACACGGAUGUAGCGCCUAAUAAAGGCCUGGGCAGCACGGGCCCUCUAGGACUGUCUUAUUAUAACGGCGUGAACACGGUGCAGAAGGGCCGGCCACGAAAGAGGAAGAGCCCUGGGCCCGGAGCGGACCUGGCGGCUUAUAAUGCAGCUUUGAGCUGCAAUGAGAACGAUGGCGAUCCGAUGGACAGAGACUCGCAGUACAGCAGCAGCCAGAAGACCAAACGCAUGAGGACGUCAUUUAAACACCAUCAGCUGAGGACCAUGAAGUCCUAUUUCGCCAUCAACCACAAUCCUGAUGCCAAGGACCUGAAACAGCUGGCCCAGAAAACAGGUCUCACCAAGCGCGUCCUACAGGUCUGGUUUCAGAACGCCCGGGCCAAGUUCAGACGAAACCUCCUGCGUCAGGAGAACACGGGUGUGGACAAGACCUCGGACGGGUCGACCCUGCCUGGAGGAACGCCGUCCAGACCGGCCUCGGAGAUCUCCAACACCUCCAUGAGCCCGUCCAGCACUCCCACGACCCUCACAGACCUGACCAACCCCACGAUGCCCACCGUCACCUCCGUACUGACCUCUGUCCCGGGCAGCCUGGACAUUCACGAAUGCCGGAGUCCAUCGCAGGGCACCUUAACAAGCCUCUUCUGAUGCUCAGAUUCGAGCACACCUUCACCUGCUUCCUCCGAAGACUAUUCGUGGAGUCAGCUAAAUCAGAAAUAAAGCGCGAGCGUCAUUGAUCAUGCUAGUCACACACAAACUACAUCUAUCUGAUACCUUAACCGAUCUACCUGGGCAUUUUUUUUGUACAGGCCAGGAACUUUACAAAUGUGGCCGAUCCAGUUCAAAAGACGAUAAAAAAACGAGAUGAAAGAGAAAAUCUUUUUUUUUUUUUUUUUUUAGAGUAUUGCAUUUUUGGGGCAGACUCAAGUUUCACUGAAGGAUCUGUUGAUGAGAGACUGAUUUGCAUUUUAUUUAUUUAUUUUUUUCUUUCAUGUUUCCCCCCCGACCAUGUUUACAGAGAGAGACUGAGCUGGGAAAUGCAUUUGUUCGUCAACCUCGUAUUUAUGUUCACGCACAGGAGUCAGAGUGAUGAAACUGGAUUAUAAUGUGAAUAAUUACAGCGUAAUCUAGCCUGACUGUCACGUGCCUUAUCCUGCAGUGUAGUCACUGAAGCCCCUUUAGCAACGCUAAACGAACUACAUCAGAAAAUGUGUACUUUAAUUUGAAAAUGGUUGAGUAAAUCACACGUGCACAAACACACACACACGAGGAAGAGCUGAUCAUCCACUUGCAUUUCAACAUAUUACCUCACUCAGAAAUCACUGGAUAUGAGAGCAGUUCAUAUGAAACCUGAGAACACGUUUCAUGCACUGGGAGAGAAAACGGCUGUGGACAAACCUUGAUCGGAAGAGAGCGCAUCACAAACAAACACUGAUUUAUGGAAUGAAACACUACCCCCCGGUUAGACGAUUUGAUUUUCUUUCAUCAACCAUUAAGAUGUGACAGUGUUGGAGACAGGGUAAAUGUUUCCAUUGUAACCAGAGGCUGCUUGUUGAAAUGCUGUACAGUUUGGACAGAUUAUUGAGAAAUUUCGAGUCCACUCCCUGCAGUAUCGCCUUUGAUGUAAAUCUUCAGUUCUGUAAAAAAUAUAAAAAAAAUCAAUCACUA